GGCCGGCUCCGCCCCGCCGCGCGGGGCUGGCACGGACGGCAGGGGAAGAUGGCGGCCGUCGGCGGGGGCGGCGCCGCGGUGUCGGUGUUGGCGCCCAGCGGGCGGCGGGUCACGGUGCGGGUGGGGCCCGGCACGGUCCUGCUCCAGGUCCUCGAGGAGGUCUGCAGGAAGCAGGGUGGCAGCCCUGGCGAGUACGGCCUGAAGUUUCAGAGGAAUGUGUUGGACCUGUCUUUGCAGUGGAGAUUUGCUAGGCUGCCCAACAAUGCCAAACUGGAGAUGGUGCCAGUCUCCAGCAGAGCAGGAGCUGGAACCACGGUUCGGAUAGCAUUACAGCUAGACGAUGGCUCCCGUUUGCAAGACACCUUCCUCUGUCAGCAGACCUUGUGGGAACUUCUCAACCAUUUUGCAAAGAUCAGGGAGUUGAUGGAACAGGAUGGUGAAUUGUCUCCAGUCUGUAUUUACAUGCGGGAUGAGAUAUCAGGAAAAGAUGCCCUGGAGAAGACAACACUGAAAUCGCUUGGCCUGAUUGGAGGCAAUGCCAUUAUCAGAGUUGUCAUGAAGAAAUGCAGUUCGUCUGGUGGGGAGGAAGUUCUGGGUGCCAUGGUGCCUUGCAAUGAGCCAACAGUGAGGCGAGGCUCUAUGGAAGAAGCUGUGGAUGUGCCUCUACCUCAAGCAAACACAUUUCCAAAGGACUUGGAGCACAGGGAUGUGGCUAUGUCUUUAAACAGCUGCACACACAAGCAAGACUCGAUUAAAGAUUCUCAUGCUAGCUUGGAGGAACUGUGGCAUUCCCCAGAGCCUGAGCCUACCCCAUUUGUCCCUUUUUCUGGAGAUGGAGAGCAUCUGGGGGACUGUCCUGUAGCUGUACCAUGUUCAAAGCUGCCAACAACUUUUUCCAGCCCUGGAGGUCCUUCUAAGCCAAAGAAGUCUAAGAACAGCCAAGAACUGCAAAAGGAGCAAGAACAGCUUGUGGAACGUGAGCCCCUUAUCUGUCACCUAGACCUACUGGAACAACAUCCUGAUGGCCCAGAAGAGCUUCCUGAUGAAUUUUUUGAAGUCACAGUGGAUGAUGUACGAAAACGUUUGGCACAGCUGCAGAAUGAGAGGAAACUCCUGGAGGAAGCUCCACUGAUGACAAAGUCCUUGAAGGAGUCCCAGCUGAAGGAGAAGUUGGAGCGUUAUCCCAAGGUGGUGGUGAGAGUUCGUUUUCCAGACCGCCAUGUUCUGCAGGGCUUCUUCCAUCCCACUGAGACGGUUGGCGUUUUGAGAUACUUUGUAAGAAGCCACCUUGCUGAUGCAGAGUUGCCAUUUUACUUGUUUGUUGCACCUCCCAGAAUCAUCUUGAACGAUGAAAGUCUGACGCUGUUUGAGAACUGCAUGGACCAUUCCAGACUGAUGCACCAGAGAUCCUUCAGAGUAAAGGCUCUGAUUCUGAUUCUGUCAAUCAGAACUGCAUGGACCAUUCCAGACUGAUGCACCAGAGAUCCUUCAGAGUAAAGGCUCACGCAGCAGCAGUGAGAAUUCUUGUUUGAUUCCCCUGCUCUGAGGGAGCAGAAAGGCUGAGGUGGGGAAAGGGAUAGAGAAAGGGACUUUUCAGGCAGCAUGGUGAAUUAGGUAGUGAUUAGCAUGCCUUGGAAGUUGUUUGCAAUGGAGUUUUCCAAGUUCCACAACUUGCUGACUAGGCCAUGUGGAAGAAAUACACAUGCAGAUGCUUUUAGAUGAUUGAAUAUUCAGACCUGUAUCUGCCUCCUGUUGAUCCUCAGAUGUUGGUUCUGGUCUCCCUUGUUAACUUUGGUUUGUUUUCUAAAAUGUUCUAAAUCCUCUGCUUACCUCCUUUUACCCCUUGCCUGCCUCCCCUGUCCUGCAGUACUGUUCUUUUCUCUUUCUCAGUGCACAUCUCGUGUUUCUCUGGAUGUCUCCUGAAACAUGACUUUUUCAGUAAAAUACCACAGGAAUAAUUACAUCUCAUUGUCUUUGAAAUAUGAAACCUAAUGGCAGGAAUUUUGUUUAAUUUGCUGCAUUAAAGCCUUUGUUCUGUACCUGGCACCAUUACUGGUGCUUGUUAUACGUGUGGCAAUUUCCUGGUUUCCUCGUUGUGACAUUUACUGUGAAAUUCAUUCUUUGUGGCAGCUCCCUGAGACAUGAACACAUGUUAAAUUAGUGCUCUUUGAAGACUUGGAGGUGCCUUACAGCCCAGUCUUAGGGACUUCAUUAGAAAUCACAGCUUUGUGAAGAAGCUGGUCGAUUUUAGUGUCAGACAUCUUCAGUCUGCAGUGGCUUUCUGUGGAUUGCAGUGCUUGCUGAGGCACAUGGCAAAGGUGCAAAACCUUGACUUUGAUACAGAGCUGGGACUGCUCAAGAUGCUAUGCUCAAAAGUGGAAAAUUCUUUGCAAAUGGACUGCUUUAAGGAAAAUAUUUUUUCUCAUUUCUCAUAUCCUCUCAUGAGGAUAUCAUAUCCUCAUAUCCUCUCAUGAUGUCACCAUGAAAGAAGAAUAAUAUCGAACUAAGAUAAAGGGUGUCAAAUCCAAAGCUGAUUUAAGAUAUGUUUUUAUUCAUGCCACAUGUAAUCACACCAUAGUCAAAUUAAGCUAGUGGUUAUGUUGAGAAUUUGGGUGUAAUUAAAGUAAAGUGGAGCUUUUAAGCACGAUCUUAACUAUACAGAGUCUGUACAAUUACUUGCCAAAUGUGGAAAGCAAGUAAAAUCUCAUCCUUAGAAUACUUUUUAGGGAUUAUUACAUGACAUUACUAAAAGAUUACUAUCACAUUAGUUAACAGUUGCAUGAUUUUGCCUUUUUGGCUUAUCCAGCUAGCUCUGCAUAGAUAAAUGUGAUGAGGUGCAGGGAAAAUAAUUUGACCUUCGUAUGCAGCUCGGUGAGCUCUUGUGUUGAUCAUUAUGGCUUUGGAGCAAAGUCUUAAGGUGGUGAAAUCAUCAGCUCAUUACUGAAUAGCAGUCAAAUUGAAAACCACCUCCUUCCAAAAGCAAAGUAUUCAGAACAAAAUCGAGAACAUCGCUGUGUAUGGACCAGGGUUUGUCUCAAUAACAUCCAGAUCUGGUCUCACAUCUCCAAAAGGAACUGGUGAAGGUGCAGAGAAGAGGAAUGACAUUCAUCAGAGAUCUGCAAUGUCUCCUGUCCAAAGAAAGACUGAACAGGUUAGGACUUGCCAGUCUGUUAAAGCUGUGACUGGAAAGGGAAUAACAUGCCAAGGAGAAGCUGGAAUGUGUUGAGUUCUCGGGUAUGAGUGAGUGGCACCAAGUGAGGCAAGCAGGAGCUAGAAUAGAUGGAAGGUAGUUGUUCAUAUGUCAGAAAACUGAGGCACAGAAUCCUUUUCACGGGGAGCUGUAUACUGAAAGGAUAUACUGAUUUGAGAGAAGUUCGGACAAGUUCAAGGAAGAUAUUUAGUAAGUGUGUCUUAAUAUAUAGAAACCUUUUCAAGAAGCUUCUAAACUGGAAAUCGUUGCUAGCUGAUCACUUAGAAGCAAGGAUACUCUUUUCUGUUCAUCUAGUUUUUGUUCACUGUUAGGGUAGUGGCUGGAUUGAGUGGACUUCUGCUCUGCCUAUGGUUCUUCUGUCCUUGGGAGAACUGUGUUUAAUGCCAGUGGCUGUGUGGCCUGUGUCCCUUGCUGGGGGCCCUUCAGCCCUUUUAGGUCACGGUCUGUUAUGGCAGGAAUGAUUCUGUGUGUUUAUAAACAUUUUACUUGGAUGAAGCAUCAAACAUGAAAGAAACAAUUCCUGAUGAGAACUUGUCAUGCUUUUCUGAUUACCCAAACUGCUGUCAAAGACCACAGACCUCUGACCUGUGAGGAUGGUGCGUUAUCCCUGUUUGGCCUGGCUGAUUGUGGGAGAAGCUUUGCUGUUGUUAACCAAUGUAAAUCCUUAUUCCUCUUAAACUUUCACCACGUUAGUGCAGGCUCCACGCCAUAAUUUUUCUGCUUGGGUAAGUUUUCCCUUCUGCUGGGGUCUGGGUGCCUGGGAGAAAGGGGCUGAAGGGCCUUUCUGCUCUGUGGAAAUCGCUCCAGCUGUGAUGUCCAUGCCUGCUGUGUCAUUGUUUGGUGCCGUGUUUGGAGGUGUCUGUUCCCAGUGAGGCUGCACUGCCUGAGCCUUGGGGCUCUCAGUAGAAAUAAGAAUGAAAGAGGGAAUCUCUGGUGCUGGGGUAGGAGGGGCAGCACUGGGGGUGGGACCUGCUCACUCCUUCUCACAUGAGGUUGUGGCCUUCCAAACGGAGAAAUCUUCAGCCUGGGAAGAGGUUUGUGUGGGCCAAGGGUCCCUAGUGGCUGUGAAACCAAGUGCUGUAGAGCUGGCUGCAGUGCUUGGCUGUGCCCUGGAUGUGGGUAGGCUCUGUGCAGGGGGGUUUGUGGAGACCUUUCCCUUUUCAUUCAUCUUGUGGUCCAUGGAAGGGAAACAUCUUGUACUUUAGUCAGAGAUCCCCUUCUGUUCCCUGAUCUGGGAGGAGGGAGGUGAAAGGACAAAGCUGCUCUGUAAAGACAGGAGAGAGAUGGUUAAGGUACUUGGAAAAAUAAUGUGCCUUUGGGGCUGGGGAUAGAGGAGCUUUUGCUCUAAGGUGACCUGGCAGCACGCAGCACCCCUGUAGUGAGAAAGCUUGUUCUGGAAUAGCAGUGUUGUGGUGCAGAUGAUGUGACUGUGAAUGAAGUGCUGUGGACUAUGCAGGUCUUCAGAUGUCGUAGGAAAAAGAGAGCUUGGGUAAAGUAACAGUACAACUAAUUGCUUAAGUUUUUUUAAGUAUCUUUGUUGGAUUUGGAGGAUGGUGACAGGUUUGGGAAGAAGUUUGUCUUUAGUGGUAAUACAUCUCUUUAAGGGUUCAGGUUGUAUCAUGUAACUGCCAAAUUUGUCACUUUUGCCCCAAAUGCUGCAUGUCAGUUGUGGUAGCUGUGCCUCUUGGCACUUGAUGUGCUCCCCUUGCAGAGAUGCCUGCACAUAGCCUCUUGAUUUUUCCAAAGAAGGUACUACCAUAGUGUGUCUAGCCAUUCUGGAUUUUUUCCCAACAUUUAAUUUUCAUGUUAUCCCGUGUCCUAAGUUAGCAGUAGGUUGUCCUUCACUCUAAAGACUAUUUUGGUAAGGAAAUAUGGAUGGUGUCUGAGGCAGUAAUGUGAGCAUAUAUGAGCAUUCAGAUAUUUAUAAAUUACUGAAAUUUGUGCUGAAGCCAAUAGCAGAAGUGACUGCAGAUGGUGGAAUACCAUAUUACCAAUACUUCUGCUCUUUCCACCCUCUCCCUCCAUUCAAGCUGACAAGUUUGGCACCACAUUCAUUACAUUUGAUCACUUACAAUGAAGGGAGAACCUUUACGCUGCUAGCAAAACCAGGAAAAAAGACAACUGUUGCGGACUUGUUUGCCAAGAUACUUGGAAUGAAAGAACUGUCUGAAGUGAAUGCUCCCAAAAUCUGUGUGUAUUUACAGUAUAGUGAACACACAAAUUGGCAGCAAUGUGGAGUUUUUGGAACCCAUAAAGUCUUCAAGGCUUUGCUUUGAUUUUUUGUUGUUGCUGUUUUUGCUGGCGGCCUUCUCCUCAUGUCCCUUGAAGUGUUUUAUAAUGUUCUGCUCUCCAGAGCUGAUCAACCACAGACUUCCCUGUUGUAGCACUUGGCUUUGGGUUCCUUGUAGCUUCAGUGGCUUGUUUGUGUUUUUUCUAGGCUUCCUGAGCUUUUCAGAGUUGCUUCUUAGCUUCUUUCUCCUCCCAGAAACAGGCAGUUUUGUAGUGCAUUUCUGGGGUGGGUUAGUGGAAAAAAAAUCAUUGAUUGCUGUGUUAAUACUAGGAAAGAUUUAGCGGAAAAUAGAAGUACCAGUCACUGGAAAAGUCGAGGCAGCAGAGAGGGCAGGAGGCCAUCCUUCUCUACAGAGGAGCUGAAGGAAUCUACAGGCUUCCACAUAAAUACUUAGGUCCUCUAGUCAGAUCUUAGAGUGCCCUGAGUGUUUCCUUUGUCACAUACCAUGAGGCAGAAAUCCAGAUGAGCUGUUUGUUCCUUUCUUUGCCUUUGGUUCUCUUUCCAUAUCCUAUUUGUUAAUGCCAUUUUGGGCAGUAUGUCUGGCGUGUUUGUUCAGUGAACCUGACUACGACUCGGGCAGCAUGAAGCCUUCUCCUUUGGCAAGAGUCGAAUGCAAUUUCAGAAAAAAUUACUUCAUCAGAGUCAGUCCAUCAGAGGCAUUUCCUGUGGCAGGCCUUGUGGUUAUUGCACUCACUGGCAAAGAAAAUUGCAAUUAAUACUGAAAUUCAUCCAGCACAGAGGAUGGCAUUCACCUAAAAGUCUUAGUCUUCUCCAUCCAGGAUUUUAUCAUCUGACUGCAUUCAGUAGCAAUCUCACCUCUUUGUGAUGAGGUCUGUUACUUAUGCUUGUCUCAUGAUGCUGGCUUCCAGGACAGCUAGGUUCUUCAGUCCAAUGAGAGGCUCCUUGCACAACUGAAUUUGGAGUCGAAAUCCUGCCCAAAAUGUUCACUGCUACUGUCAGUUUUGAAGGCCAGAUCUUUCUGGUCUCAGCUAUCAAGGUGUCAGUGAAUGCUCUUUGUACUUGGAUGCCUUCAUAAGUAGCCUUCUCAAAACAGUGUUUUUAAAUCUUAUCUUUGCCUUAUGAAUUUUAAAGGUGCCCUGCCCUAGCUGGAUCAGAUCUCCUCCAUGUUGGCAACAGAGCAUCCAUCUCUUCUGGCAGUUGAAGCCCACAUUGGGCAGCUUUGUUCUCAGGUUAUAAACUUGAACCGCUUGAUCUGCCUCUUUCACCAUGGCUGUGGUGUUUAUUUCUGUCUCAGCAAUGCUGUGCAGUCUUGCUGGAGAAACUUUUGAUCCACCGCCUUGCAGUUGAAUUUUCCAAGAGCUAGUUUAUGUGUUUGGGGCGUGUGUACUAUGCAGUAUUUCAUGCUGGUAGCUUGGGUUUCUCCUUCCAUGCGCGUGUUCCUUUGAAGUGCUUAUGUUCUUAUUCAUCUUCCUAACAUCAGUCUAACAGCAGACCUGUGGCACUCUGAUCUUCUCAGAUUGUGUAACGGAAAGAAUGCUGCUCCUUCUGGCAGCUGCAAGUUCCCUUCAGCAGCAGCCUCUGCCUGGUCUGGCAGCAGUGCUGUCAGGGAAGAGAGCAGCUUCCCGAGAAUAAUGUGCAUCAUCUGCAAUGCUCUGUUCUAGGAUUUUUUUGCCUAUGUAUGUCUGAGAAACAGGAAGCAUUGAGGUGUUAUUUGGGAAGGGUUCUGCCUGCAGUAUUUUCUGUGUUUUCUAGAGAACAAGUUACUAAAACAUGCAGUUAAACAAAGCAGGAAUGUCUCUCUGCUGUAUCACAGCUGGAUUCACCAGGGACUGUUGUUCUGAAGUGGAUAUUUUUAUCGUGGAAUGUGAGAUGCAGCAGCCCCAUGUGCCACUCCACAGCCAGGCUGCCGUGCCCUCGCAAACCACGCUCCCCACGCAGUGUCCGAGGAGCUGCUCGCUAUCUCUGAUUGAAACUGUAUCAUUUCAGUUGUAGAGUUUCAGACCUAAUGGGGCUUUAUGAGCAGGAGGUUGGUCUUCAGAUCUCUGAAAUAGAAUGUUUUCAUUUAAACUAGUGCAACUGUAACCAAGCAGAUGGAUGAAGCUGUGUUGCAUCUUUUUAAAAUCUGAGGAGAUGGUAAUUUAGAAUGAUACUUAUUAAAUGAGAAGGAUAAUAAGCAGGACAUUGACUUCCUUUUGUCCUUGCCUCACUGACUUUCUAAUCCCUUCAGAAAAAAGCUGUCCUGUGAUUAUGAUCUUGGAUGGAGCUCUUGACACUUGCAUGUUCUCAUUACUGCUGCUGCCAUCCUUUGUGACCUUGAGUAAGUUAUCUCUUUAGGUCUAAGUUUUUCAUCUGUAUAAAAAAGAAAAGGCCCCAAAAACAGAAACAAAACCAGGAAACCCAGAAAAAUAAAAACAACCCACAAACUCAAAGUAUUUUUAUUUACAUCACAUCUAUAUAAUUGCACAAUGGGACACCAUUUUCGGUUGGAUUUCUAGAUAUUGCUCCAGUAAAUCUGACUGUAUGUUGUAAAUACAUUUUGGACAGUGUGAUUUGAACAUUAUGGUUCAAUAGAUUAAUAGCAUCUAUUUCCCCAGUCAGAAUGGCCAUUUUUUUUGGCUGGAAAUCAAAGCAGCAAGGAAGAGAAAUGCUGAGUGUUGGAGUGUAGUAACUGGCUGUUGGCUCAGUCCUAUUGUAGUAAUUCUCUGCAUAUAAGUGAGUGGAGCUUUUUGAGUUACUUGUUACUUUGAACAUCCUUUGAUUCUUUUGGUCAACCUGGCAGGCUCCUAAGAGUUCUCAAAAUCUGUUCUGAUUCACAGAUGUUCUUGCAAGAACGCUAUGCAGUGAAGAGCUGCAGAGUUGUUCUAGAAACACUGUCAGAUGCAUUAGAACAGCUGCAAACAUUAGAACAGCUGACUUGAGGAUACAGUUUUCAGGUGAUCGUCUGCCCAGUGUUUGAUCAUUACCUUCAUAGGUGUGUCAGAGAAUGCUGAGGGCUUUGGCUUUGGGCUCGUGUGUUUUUGUGGACAGAAUCUACUAAAACCUUCUCAUCUUUAUGCCCAGACAGUCCUUGGACAAUGGGAUCAUUCUACUGGCCUGCUUUCAUUUUUUUGUAUGAAAAUGCUGCUGAUUUAAAUACUUCAGAUUAUAAAAAUCUCUGGGACAGCGUUAGGUCCUGCCAGUGUGGCUAGAGAAUUCCCAGGUGAGAUGUAGCUGGCUGCCUUCUGUGCUGCACCCUCAGGGAGUGCUGGGAUUGGGGUGGUGCCUGACAAUUCCACACAAAGGAAGCUAGACCAAAGAUUCUGUGCAUGAGCCAAUAGUCUGUUUGAAUUGGAGGAAAAAACCUUAUUGGUUGGAGGUUUGGAAAGAGGGGACUCUAUGCUGGCUGACCCCUAGAAAAGGAUAGGGAUGCAGGGAAAGGAGCUAUGGGAAGGACGUUGCAUUCUGUGUGCUGCAGGGUUGCUGUCUAGCUCCUUUAAGUUUCUUUCAAUUAAGAUUUUGAACUAAAACAUUUGAACUGAUGUUUUGCCAGCAGUAGGAAAUGGUUGUGGGCAUGGGUUCUGAAACUGUGAACUAUGGUUACUUGACGACCUGUGAGUAAACAGGGUAGAGGUUUAUAUUGGGGCACAGUCUGUCUAUAUGUUUGUUUGUUGAGUGAGUCUGUCUAGCUCUUGGUCUGUAUUUCUCACUCUCUUUCUCUCUUUGUGCCUCACACAGGCCCUGCCAUGAAUUUUCUCUGACCCCUUGGGGCCAUUCCCACAUAAGGCUUUGAUGUGUGUGCCCAGAGCUUGAUUGACAAGGAAGUUUCAGUGGCAGCAGCAGGGAAACGAAGAGAAAGGGGCAGGGCUUUGAACUAAAGGGCUUUGAGUUCUGAGUUUCUGUCCUUACUUAUCUCCUUCAGAAUGUUAAUUAUUUACCAAGAUAAUUGG